UCUUGUCUGUUCUAUUCGAGAUUCACUAAAAAUUUCAAUUGUCGAGUGAGAGAUUUUGCAAUUUCGCUUUCGGACAUUUAUAAAGCUUCUUUCUUCCUCAAAUUUCAACGUUUCUCGGCUUCUGGGUAAGCUCGAAAGUAGAAUUGAACCCUCCCAUUUUUUAUUUGCCGGUACUAUUAGUCCAGAAGAGAAGAAAAAAAAAACCCUAAAAAACUCGACUUGGUUUUGGGAUUUUGAAGCUGUGCGGUUUCUGUUGUUUCUUUUCAAUUGCAAAUUAGAAGAAAGCGUUGAUGAGGUCUUCGUACUCAAAUAGCUAGAGAGAGAGAGAGUAGGAGGAGGAAGGUAGUGAAAUGAGUAGGCUAUCUUUCCGACCCCGUCCACUGGACAUUCACAAGAAGCUUCCAGUUUUAAAGUCCUUUAAAGACUUUGAAGAUGAAGAGACUCCUUCUUCCAUUACUAGAAAUUCUCAGUUGCUCCGUAUAGAGGUUGACAAUGAGGUGCAGCCUCAAGUGCCUACCAAGAAAUUGAUUUCAGAAAUUCCAACACCUCAGUAUCUUGUUGUGGAUACAUAUGAAAGAGACUACUCUAGGACUUUUAAUCAGCCUGCUUCAUAUUUACGCGCUAGAGGAGCCCGGGCUGAGCUUGGAGAAUUUGUGGAGUAUGAUCUUGACAACGACGAUGAUGACUGGCUUUUUGAGUUUAAUAAGGAGACGAUGGUUCUCACACCUGAAAUGCUUGAACUUAUUAUUUUUAAACUAGAGGUAUUGGAUCAUAAGGCGCGGGAAAGAGCUGGAGUUAUUGCUCCUACCCUUGGUUUGCCAGUUCCAGUGCUUUUGCAGUUUGAUGCUGCUAUUGAGGCGCUGCAAUCUUUGCCCAUCAAAUAUGGAGUUUUCCAGGCUAUAUUCAGUUAUUGGAAAAAUAAGCGUGAAAGAUGGCAGAAGCCUAUUUUGCGGCGUUUACAGCCCCCACCACCAGUCAAUGAUACAAAUCCGUUCAAUGUGUUUAGGCCACGGGAGAAAGCUCAUAGACUACACACAAGAAGGAUGCAGCAGAGAGAAAACAAUGCGCAGUCAUUUGAAAAGCUUCGACAGGUCAGGCGCAAUCUUGACCAAGCAAAGACCAUUCUAGAAGGUCUAAUCAAGAGAGAAGAAAAAAAGAGGGAUUUCAUGGCGAGUGAGGUUAGCCUUCAGAGAAUCCAACUCAAAUAUAAGCACGAAACUGAACUAUUGGAAGAUAGUUUGGCUCUGUCUGGGUUUCCACUCUCGACGUCUUACAGAUUUGGUUCAAGCGAAGAUGAAUUCAUGGACUCGGAUGACCCAACCACCACCCAAACACUCGCAAGGCCUUCAUUUACCCCUCAUCCUCGUUUCUACGACUCAAAUUUCGCUCGAGCUCAAGCCGGGAGCAUGAAGCAAGAGGCAAGAAGAAGACUCGGAUGGCUCCACAAACUGAAUCCUAAUGAGCCAGUAAUGCUCUUCACAAAACCGCUGGUCCCAGAUAAGCUGGCUGCUGCAGGAAUCGGCCCUCCAGUAGAAUCAAGAAGCGGAAGAGCUCGAUUUCAAGGAAGAGUUGGGCGGGGCGGUAGGAUUGUAUAUGAUAGAUGGAAUCCUCUAAUGCAAACCCACAUUAACUGUGGCAACAGUUUCUACAUAGCACCAUAACAUCUCAACUAAUUUUUUCUUUUACUUUUUUGUAAAAAAAAAAUUCUCCGCUAGUAUCUCUGAAUUUUGUGUAUUUUUCUUUGGUUUUCCCGGUUAAAUGAACAAUCUCGGUCUAGAGUAA